AUGAACAUUGCUAGACACGUCGCCAAGAGCGCACUCCGGUUCCGGACGUACGCAACCACUGCGUACGUCCCUCCCGCCUCUCUCUCGACUCUCCAGAGAGCCCGUGUCCCUCCUCCCAAACCAAAACCCGAGUCCCCUACCUUCUACACCGGCCGCGCCACCUACUACGACCAGCUCCUUGCGCUCGAGAGCGCGGCAAAACACACCCGCUCUGCUCUGCAGGAACUCGAGCUGCUGCCCCUCCCUCGCUUCGCGCAGGAAAACCUUCCUCCCCUCUAUGGCGUAUGGAAAAACAAGCUAGACCUCGGCGAGCUCAUGUCCGCAAAGCUCACGACGUCACGGUACCGCCGGUUUAUCGCCCAGCUGAACCAGCUGAACGAGUACAGGCGGCUCGCGGAGGUCGCCGGACACGUCGAGCUGGCGGAACGCAUACAACGCGUGCUUGGUAUGUUCGAGAGGGACAACAAGGACGCGAUCCUGGCAAGGGGCAAGAGGAAGCCGGUGAAGUUUGACGAGUACGGACGGUCGUACACGAUUGGGCGGAGAAAGGAAAGCACAGCGCGGUGUUGGGUCAUCGCUGCUCAGUCUGCAGAGGGCGAGUCCGCCUCAUCUGCCACUCCCUCCGAGGCUACUGAAGAGGUUACUACCGAGGUCACUGCAUCGCAAACGCCAGAUGUUCCGGAGUCGUCAUCUCCCCCAGCGAUUGCUGCUAGCAUCGAGGGUUUCGAGAGCCCAGCCCCUCCGGUCAAGGUUUCCACUACAAGUAUCCUAAUCAACAAUAUUCCUUUGUCUGAGUAUUUCCCACACGUCAGCGACCGUGAGCGCGUCGUGCGUCCAUUCCGUAUUGCCGGUCUCCUCGGCGCGUACAACGUGUUCGCCAUCGUCCGAGGCGGAGGUAGCACCGGCCAGAGUGGCGCCGUGACCCUCGCCAUUGCUAAGGCACUCGCUGCACAUGCUCCAGAUGUUGAGCCUCUGCUCCGCAAAGCGAAACUGCUUAAGCGCGAUCCUCGCAUGGUUGAGCGUAAGAAGACGGGUCGCGCCAAGGCUCGCAAGGCUUACACUUGGGUCAAGCGGUGAUACAGUCUCGUUGUGGUGCUUUGCAAGCAUUCUGCUGCUACAAUCAUAUAUUUUUGGCCCGUGUUGUCGUAAUCCAUGCAACCUGCUCUAGUGUGUCCGCAGGAUGUGGGCCAACGCAAGUCCCGCUGACAGGGAUAACAUGACGGGAGUGCUGCAGAGUUGAAGAUGUUGCCAGUUUGGUACCGUACCUCAAGUUCUUUCUGUCCUCAACU